GCUCCGCAGCUAUAGCUCCUCGCAUACCCUUUGCACGCUCACGUCACUGGAUAGCCCUCUGCCAAUGUAUAUCCUCUGAAUAAGGCGCCCUAAGCACGGCGGUGCACUACCAUCCUCCUCCGUUGUCGACCGGAACCCGUCGUUCAUCAUCAUGCUCCACUCCAAAUGCGUUGCCCGACCGAUCUUGCGGGCCUCGCGGACACCACGACUACACUGCAGCAUAUCUAAUCGGUCGCGUACUCAAGCACGAGCUGCAGUUCACCCCUAUGCUCAGCGUCGCCAACAACACUUUAUCCGGUCAGUGGUUGCUAUCACAGCCCUAGCCACAGCCGCGACGGCCAUUCAAUGGCUACAUGGGUCCGCCCCCGAAGUGCAUGCGGAAGAGCCGCCGAAGCACGUUGAUCCAGUAUUGGAGGAAUCACGCCGACCGGCGCUGUCCGCGGAAGACAGUCGAGAGCUGCUCAGCUCGCAGCAUGUCCAAGUUAAAAAGAGCUGGGAACAUCCAGGUGUAUACUUGUGGGGAUCGAACACUGGGAGAGUGGCAGCGCCGGAUUCGAAUGAGAAGUACAUCAAGACGCCUCGGCGACUGCCAUUCUUCGAUGGUGUACUACUACGGGAUAUAAAACUGGACCGAAACUUUGGAGCGGCCAUCGAUGAGAAGGGAGAUCUGCUACAGUGGGGUACGGCCUUCUCGCCAAACGUCAAGGAACCGGUACGGACGUUGAAGGGAAAGAACCUGGUAUCCUGCGCUAUAUCGAGGGAUCGCAUCAUCGCGCUCUCGUCUUCGGGGACCGUGUACUCCGUGCCGGUGUCUCAGGAGGAGCAGAAAACUGGCCCAAAGCCUCGAACCGGCUCUUGGAUCCCAUUCGUGUCGUCCCCCGACACAAUCUCCUAUCGAAUUCGCACACCGUCAGGUCUUGGUUGGAGCGAGAAGGUUACAGACGUCGUGUCUGGGCUGGAGCAUGCCCUUCUACGCACCUCCGCAGGCCGCGUGUUCUCAUUUGCGUCUGGAACACAAGAUUUUCCAAGUAAGGGUCAGCUGGGCAUUCCCGGUCUAACGUGGGGAACUAGGCCCGAGGGGGCGUUCGACCUUCCCCAAGAGAUCACCGCGUUGAAAGGCUUUUCGAUCGCCAAGAUUGCGGCAGGCGAUUACCAUAGCAUUGUGUCCGACACUUCGGGACGCUGCUUCACCUUCGGUGAUAACUCGUCAGGCCAGCUGGGUUUCGAAUUUGAUGCAGACACCUUGAGCAUUGAUACACCCACUCUGCUUCCCACGCAAAGGCUCUAUGCCGGCUCUCCCCUUCAUCCCACUGUGACAAACGUCUACGCCGGCGGCAACACCUCGUACCUCACGAUUGAGGCAUCAGCACCCUCGAAUACCAAAACAUCUACUCGUAGCCCAAAUCUCAAAGCCGACACGUGGGCUUUUGGAUACGGCCUCACGGGGCAGCUUGGCGCAGGCCGUUGGACGCAUAUCCAAAAUACCCCGACGAAAAUUCCCUCCCUCUCGGGACUUUCCGAGUAUGACGAGAAGACAAAUACCAUCGUUCCCAUCAAAUUGGCGUAUAUCUCUGCCGGCGCCACUCACGCAGCUGCCGUCAUGGACAAUCUUGCUUCUGUCGACGUCGAUGUCGGCAAUGCUACUCCGCUCAAGAAGGGACAAAAGGAGAACGACACGAAUUGGGGCCGGGAUAUCCUGUUCUGGGGCAACAACGAGUUCUACCAAAUAGGAAGUGGAAAGCGGAGUAAUGUCAAUGUGCCCACGUAUAUUGGAGCGCUGGACUCGGCGCAGGAGGCUGAGAAGAAAGGCCACGGCUUGUUGGAACAUGGGAUCAAGGAGGUGAUGGGGAAGGAGUGGUCACGGUUCCAGAUUACGCCGAAGCAGAAGGUUAGGUUCGGAGGGAAGGUUGUGGAGUUGGAGCAGAAGGUCGAGUGUGGGCGGGGCGUUACGGCAGUGUACUCUGCCGUUUAGGGUUGGCCGAGCGCUUAUUGCGGAUUUUUGAUGAGGUGUUGGGAUUGACGUCUUUGUACGUUUCGCUGUAUGUUUAUGUAUCUGGAUGUGGCGAAAGGGAGAACGGCUUAGUUGGAUCAGGUAUUGAGUAUGUACAAUAGCUAUCGUAUUUGGGUUUGGCAGAAUCACCAUUCAACCAUCUUCAUCUUCGCACGCCACCGGCAGAGUAAGUGUGGCCAGAGGUAAGAAU